AUGAAGACUGUUAGAAUCGACCCACUUUCCAACGGUAUGUACGUAAUCGAAUAUCCACCACAGCUUAAAGGAUAUGUUACCCAAUCCGACUACCACGCUUUUAUUGAAAAAAUAAACGAGCCAUAUAAAGUGUACCGGAAAAAAGCCAAUAUAGUAUCUUGCACUUACUCUUUGUUUGUUGUAUCUGGAAUAUUGGGGAUGUGUUUUGUGAGCAGUUCUGCUGUAGACCAAAAGUUGUUAAUUGCUAUAAUGGUGGCAAUUCCGGUAAUAAUUCUGACUAUUUUGGUAUAUGGGGCUUAUUUUCUCAGGACGUUGCAUGAGACGAUGGAACGGGAGAGAUCACGUAUCAGUAGCGAUUUUGGAUCUACUGAGAAAUCAACCGAGUUUAUUUGGAACUAUACUCAAGGAAUUGUUUCUUUCUCCGGUUAUAGACAGUCUAACAUUGUAAUUGAACUACCUGAUAAACACGAACCACUCGACGUUGUAUAA